GCCGUCGAGCCUGGUAAUUCAGGCAAGACGGGUUCCGCACCUGGAAAAAUGGGUAACUGUGAAAGCUCAAACACGGAUCUGAUCAAGAGAAAUGCUGAAAUCAAUCGCGAUAUUGAGAAGGAACGACGACAAGAUGAAUCCGUUGUGAAGCUGCUUCUUUUAGGUAAGUGA